AUGUCUUCCUGUGAUAGUUGUGAUGAGAACUCUGUCAGUACUGCAGGAGCAUCUUCUUGCACUACUUGUAAUGCUGGAAGGGUAGCUAAUGAUGAUUCGACAGAAUGUGAUGAAUGUGCAGCAGGAACAUACAGAGAUGCAGACAUGUCUUCCUGUGAUAGUUGUGAUGAGAACUCUGUCAGUACUACAGGAGCAUCUUCUUGCACUGCUUGUGAUGCUGGAACUGUUGCUAAUGAUGAUUCGACAGAAUGUGAUGAAUGUGCAGCGGGAACAUACAGAGAAGCAGGCAUGUCUUCCUGUGAUAGUUGUGAUGAGAACUCUGUCAGUACUGCAGGAGCAUCUUCUUGCACUGCUUGUAAUGCUGGAAGGGUAGCUAAUGAUGAUUCGACAGAAUGUGAUGAAUGUGCAGCGGGAACAUACAGAGAAGCAGGCAUGUCUUCCUGUGAUAGUUGUGAUGAGAACUCUGUCAGUAAUGCAGGGGCAUCUUCUUGCACUGCUUGUAAUGCUGGAAGGGUAGCUAAUGAUGAUUCGACAGAAUGUGAUGAAUGCGCAGCGGGAACAUACAGAGAUGCAGACAUGUCUUCCUGUGAUAGUUGUGAUGAGAACUCUGUCAGUACUGCAGGAGCAUCUUCUUGCACUGCUUGUAAUGCUGGAACUGUAACUAAUGAUGAUUUGACAGAAUGUGAUGAAUGCGCAGCGGGAACAUACAGAGAUGCAGACAUGUCUUCCUGUGAUAGUUGUGAUGAGAACUCUGUCAGUACUGCAGGAGCAUCAUUUUGCACUGCUUGUAAUGCUGGAACUGUAGCUAAUGAUGAUUCGACAAAAUGUGAUGAAUGUGCAGCGGGAACAUACAGAGACGCACACAUGUCUUCCUGUGAUAGUUGUGAUGAGAACUCUGUCAGUACUGCAGGAGCAUCUUCUUGCACUGCUUGUGAUGCUGGAACUGUUGCUAAUGAUGAUUUGACAGAAUGUGGUAAGAGGAUAAACCCACGAUGA